AUGUCUUCUCGCUCAAUUACUCCUUUAAGUGAUAUUCCACUGUCUCGUCAUGUUGCGAUUACUAAUUCCAAAGGCAGAGUUAUUUCUGUUGUCUCAGAGAACUUUCUCGGUGGUAGUACUUCUUCUCCUCCCUCUUCGGGUACUGAAUAUAUUCCUUCUUCUAAACCUCCUGAAGAUGCUCAAUCUGAGGUUCUUUCUGAAGUUUCUACCAUAGAAGCUUCAUCAUACUCUGCUCAUGUUGCUCCUAGGGGUCGUAAGGAUAUCUUAUAUCCUUCAAG